AAGCCUAUUAUUUCCUGAAGGUGUAAUUAAAAAAAUAGCAAAUACAUACAGUGUGGUAAUUAGCUUAACGUUUCUAAAACAGGAGUUAAUAGUUUGUUAUGGACUAUUUUCAGACGCAGAUGAGGUGUGCUGCAAAUCUUUACUGUGUGCCAGGAAGUAGUUGUAUGUGGUAUAGACUCUAAAUAUAUUACCAUGACCAUGUUAAUUUACUCUGAAUGUAGCCGUGAUGGAAGAAGUCUGAUUAACUAAAGGAAGUAAUAAUACCACAGUAUGAAAAAAUAUUUCAUUAACAGGUAUUACGUAUUGUUUGUAAAAUCUUAAUUUGAAAACUAUAGUGACCACACACACUGGCAUACAAUAGAAAUACUCAAGUAAAGUACAAUUCAAAACUGUAGCCUAUUUAUUUUUAUACCUUUGGUCUACUAUGUCGUACUUAUUGCUUUCAAUAACUAGCUUUUAGGGCUACUUAGCCAAUGUUAGCAUGCUAUAAUGAGAAAUUGGGAUUGUAAACAUGGCAAACAUUAUUCCUGCUAAUCAUCUGCAUGUUUACAGAAUCCAAGGAAAAGGCAAACAAAGCGGCUAAUAAGUAAUGCCACGUCAUUGUUGGUUUGGGUUUAUUUUCUUGUUUUGGUUUAUACGUGUUUGACAUUAACAUAAAAAAAAAAGAUAUCUUUAAAAGAUAUAACUCUGCCCAUCACUCAAACGCGUCGUGUCUCGAUGAACGGUUUGUGAAACACGGAGCUGUAACCGCGGCUGUCAGAGACUUUAUACCCAGCCGUUGGGAUGCCACGCCCCCCGGGGUGUUCCACCACUCACAGGGCAGGAGGUGAUUAGCUCCUCGCGCCUGUCAGUCACGCCUAUCUGCCGUUGCUUCCUGUGUGAGCCCGUGGACUCCGUCUGUCUGCAGAGAGUCUCCGGUAUGGGCAGGCGCCUCACUCCUCAACUUUUUAACGGAGAUAUAUAUUUUUUUUACCACAGUAACGUUAAAUUUGACACGGUUUAUAUCACCCGAAAAUGGAUUUCUGAAUGGAAUAACCCGAAAGUGAGUCCGUCGCGAGUGUAUUUGACCGUUUAAUUCAUUUUGUUUUUUUGCUCGAGUUGUUGAAGGACGAGGGGAAAAUGCCAGUUGCAACUCUUCUGCCUUUUACCGCGACCCCGAAUCGGAAGUCUGCCAGCCCGACCUCUUUCAGGUUGACAGAGAAAUUCAUCUUGUUAUUAGUGUUUAGCGCUUUUAUAACCCUGUGUUUCGGGGCCAUUUUCUUCCUCCCGGACUCGUCCAAGCUGCUCAGCGGAGUUUUCUUUCAUUCUUCCGCGGUGGAGACCAACACCCGCACCGGUCCGGACAGCAGCGACCUGGGUUCGGCUGGAAGCGACGAGAGGGUCCUGGCCAAGAUAAAGAAAGACCACGAAAAAGCUCUGUUAGAGGCCAAGGAUACUCUACAAAAACGGCCCGACGAGAUAAAACAAGACAUUUUAAACGAUAAGGAUGAAGUUGCGAAGGAGCGUGUGGGUCAAGUUGGGAACGAUGUCAAUAAUUUACCUUUCGUUGAGUAUCAACGGCCGCCGGGGGCGACUGGACACGAGCCCGUGAACCCCGACGCCAAGGACAAGCGGGCUAAGAUCAAAGAGAUGAUGAAACAUGCGUGGGGCAGCUACAGGCGCUACGCCUGGGGUUCCAAUGAGCUCCGGCCCGUCUCCAAGCAAGGCCACUCCAGCAAUCUAUUUGGCAGCAUAAAGGGAGCGACCAUAGUGGACGCUCUGGAUACGCUCUACAUCAUGGAGAUGUUUGAGGAGUUUGAUGCUGCCACUGACUGGGUAGAGAAGAACCUCGACUUUAACGUGAAUGCAGAAGUGUCUGUGUUUGAGAUGAACAUCCGGUUCGUUGGAGGUCUGCUGUCCGCCUACUACCUGUCUGGCAAAGAGGUUUACCGGAGGAAAGCAGUGGAGCUGGGUGAGAAGCUGCUGCCGGCCUUCAAAACGCCCACUGGCAUCCCCUGGGCUCUGCUUAACCUCAAGAGUGGCGUCGGCAGAAACUGGCCCUGGGCUUCGGGCGGCAGCAGCAUCCUGGCCGAGUACGGCACGCUGCAUCUGGAGUUCAUGCACCUCAGCAAACUCUCAGGGAACCCCGACUUUGCACAGAAGGUGAUGAACAUCCGAAAAGUACUGAAUCGCCUGGACAAACCAAAGGGGCUGUACCCCAACUACCUGAACCCCAACAGCGGCCAGUGGGGCCAGCAUCACGUGUCCGUGGGGGGCCUCGGUGACAGUUUCUACGAGUACCUGCUCAAGGCCUGGCUGAUGUCUGACAAGACGGACGAAGAGGGCAAGAAGAUGUAUUAUGAUGCCCUGCAGGCCAUAGAGAUCAACCUGAUAAGGAAGUCCAGCAGCGGGCUGACCUACAUAGCGGAGUGGAAGGGGGGGCUGCUGGAGCACAAGAUGGGUCACCUGACCUGCUUCGCGGGAGGCAUGAUCGCUCUGGGCGCUGACGGGGCGCCCGACGACAAGACGGGCCACCAGAUGGAGCAGGCCGCCGAGAUCGCCCGGACCUGUCACGAGUCCUACGCCAGGACCGCUUUGAAGCUGGGACCAGAAGCCUUUCGUUUUGACGGCGGCGUCGAGGCCAUCGCCACGCGCCAGAACGAGAAGUACUUCAUCCUGCGCCCCGAGGUCAUCGAGACCUACAUGUACAUGUGGAGGUUCACCCACGACCCCAAAUACAGGCAGUGGGGCUGGGAGGCCGUUCAGGCUCUGGAGCAGCACUGUAAAGUAGAAGGAGGCUACAGCGGCAUCAGAGACGUGUACGCCUCGACGCCCAACCACGACGACGUGCAGCAGAGCUUCUACUUGGCCGAGACGCUCAAGUACCUCUACCUGCUCUUCUCCGAUGACGACCACCUCCCGUUCGACCACUGGGUCUUCAACACCGAGGCUCACCCUCUGCCCGUCAUCAGGAAGGGCAAGACGGACCUCCCCAACGAAGUGGAGUAGCGGAGCGGCCCGAGUGCAACGACCUCUGAUCCUGUACGCCUGAGCCUCCAGCUGUCUGGCUGACCACAGUUUAGCCAUUUGGAGUCCCCAAAGGUUGCAGGUGCCUCUUGAUUGGGAUUUCACGUUUCUUUUUUUUCUUCUUCUUUUUUCUUUCUUUUUUCUUUUUUAUAAAUGGGAUCAACAAUCAGAAAAACUGAAAUCAAACAGAAAUCGAGCCUGAAUUCUUGCAUCCAGUUUAGUUUGUUUUUGCUUCCGUCGUCGCUGAACCAACAUAUUUACUGCCGGGUAGCAAGAGAGGGACACCAGGCGGGUGCAUCGCACGCCCGCAUCGCGAGAGCUCCUCUGACUCUUCCAAAGCGGCGCUCGGACCAGUUGCCACAUCACUCGUCUGUGACUUUGUUGUUAGUAGCUUCGGCUUUUAGUGAAGGAGAACCCGGCCGGACCAGGAACCAGCCGGCCCCCCGACAUGGAUGUUCUCGGACCCGAGCUUCGCGAGCCAAAACCCAGAAACACAGCUGUGAGCCAACGGGACGCUUCUUUUUCCUUCUGCUGUAUCGCGUCAGUAUCUAGACGAGCACCGAACACCUCCACCUGCAGCACCACCGCCAAGGUCUGUUUCCUAGGAACAUGAGGUUGUCUCUGUGGAGGUCAAGGCGGGACGCUGAACUUUAAAAGUCCCCCCCCCCGCCCGCGGUAUUUAACAUGUUGCUUUAAAAACAGCCGGUGAUGACGGGGAACGUAGAAGACGGCAUUGUUUGAUCUAAAAAUAGAAAAGACAGGUCUGACCUCCAGGUCCACUGUCCUCCUAAAUGCGCAUGAAGAGGAAGAUGGUUCCACUGUAAGUUAGCAAGCGGACCGUGAUUCAUUUUUAAUUUAGACCCUCCACAAUAAUCCUCCUGCAUAUGUUAAUGUCACUAAACACGGGGUCAGCACUGCUCGCCGGUGUUUCUCCGUGGUACCUCCAGCCUGUAGGAUCUUCUCUCCUCUAUGAGGAGACUUCGAUGCUCCGCCUUCACGAGAAGCCGCCCUGCUUCACCUUUCUGUCCCUCGUCCAUGCAAAGUGUCUUUCUUCCCGUCGUACGUUUUCAUCGGCGCUUGCGAGCUCGUCGAAGUCGGUUAUGCCGGUUAUGAGUUAGAUUCUUAUGGCACGGAUUUCUCCUGAUGCCACACAGAACACAGAUAAAAGCCUGUUUAGUCUUCAAUCGAGUGCCUUCACUGUCGCGAACGAGGAGCCGGAGGGAAAAGCCGCUCACACAAACACAAAAGGUUUAGACGUAAAGUCCCCCUGCCUCAGAUUAAGGAUCGUACCAGAACCAGACCCUGAUUGAAGGAGAACUUCUGCUUUUUUAAUUUAAUAUUUAAUGUCAUUUUGGCCUGAAAGGAGCUCAAGAGUCCCAGUCAAGUCAUUUCCUGGACUACACUGACAUCUAGUGGUGAGAUAUGGCUACUGCAGUCCACAUGUUGGUGGGAACCGCGUGCACAUCAGUGACUAUUCUGUCAUGUUCUUGACUUCCCAGAGGGAUGACAAAAGGGUUUUAUCCAAGUAUACACAUCUGCAACCCCGUUUUUUUUAAGAAACGGUCUGUUGGGUUCCUCUCUGCAGGUUUAAAGACGUCUCAUGUAUCAUAAGAGCAUAAAUCUAACCAAACGUUUACUUCUA